ACGCAACCAUUUCGGUGAAUUUUGGAGCAAGUGGGGGGCUGGCUGACCUCAGAAUGACCUUUCAAAGAAUUGUUAAUAACUCAAUAACUACAAUAACACAAACGACAAUUUUAAUUGCACAAACCAGCACUAACGAAACACAAACGAAUGAGAAUAUUUAUCCAGAGAUUUUCGUUGGGUGGGGGGCCAACUUCACGCAGGUUUUUUGAAACUGUCUAAUUUGCACAAUGUACAAAACUGUAUUUGCACUACAAUCAUUUAUAUAUAUCCAUAAACAUAUAUUUUUAUGCCUCCAUGUUUGAACCCAUAACUUUUAAAACAGGACAUGUUCCACAGACUCACCGAAUGGAUCAGAGUGAGGACAGAGAGGAGGGAGCCCCUCCCUGGAAGACCACCCACAGACCCCCAACAGGACCUAGACCCAAACCUCGACCUGGACCCAGCUGUGUGUCCAUGAAGAGUGAUGACUCCAUGUAUGAACCCAUAUGGUUGAAACCAGGUCGUGUUCCACAGACUCAACCUGGACCUGGACCUGGACCAGGACCUGAAUCUGGAUCUGGACCUGGACCCAGCUGUGUGUCCAUGAAGAGUGAUGCCUCCAUGUUUGAACCCAUAGAGUUUAAACCAAGCCGUGUUCCACAGACUCAACCUGGACCUGGACAAGGACCCAGCUCUGUGUCCAUGAAGAGUACUGACUCCAAGGACUGGUUAAUUGACUUCAAACAGGAUGGUUCGUCAGAGUCAGCGAUCCAUCAGAGACCACAGUCCUCUGGACCUGAUCCUGGACCCAGUUGUGUGUCCUUCAGGAGUGACCGGUCCAUAACAGUACCAUCAGAUUUUUCCACAGAGACAGUGGAGCAGCAGAGCUCAGAGGUUCCCACUGGUCUACAGGAUCAAACUCAGCUGGACUCCAUAUUUCAGCUGCUGGAGGAGAACAUCUGCACUUUUGUAAAGAACCAACUGAAGAAAUUCCAGCAGGUUCUGAGUCCAGAUUACCCAGAAUGCUUAGAGAGUCUGAGUGAUGAGGAUGAAGAGCAGAGGAGGAGCUCCGAGGUUUUUCUGAAGAUCACACUGAACUUCCUGAGGAGGCUGAAGCAGGAGGAGCUGGAAGCAGCUCAAAGACCAACCAAAAAACUGUAG